AUGGCCCCAAUUGACAAGAAGACCCCAAAGACUCGUUCAGCUAUCAAGGACGUCGUCACUCGUGACUACACUGUCAACUUGCACAAGCGUACUCACGACAGAGCUUUCAAGAAGCGUUCUCCUUGGGCUAUCAAGUCAAUUGUUCAAUUCGCUGAGAAGACUAUGGGUACCAAGGAUGUCCGUCUUGACCCAAAGCUCAACCAACAAGUUUGGUCCCGUGGUGUAAGAUCCCCACCACGUCGUAUCCGUGUCCGUCUUGAACGUGAGUGAGUAAGCGCAAUGACGCUGAAGACGCAAAGGAGAAACUCUACACCUACGCCUCAUACGUUCCAUGUACCGACUUCAAGGGUACCGUUACUGAGGUCGUUGACACUGAAGCUUAAAUU